GGUCCCCCAGGUCCCCACGGAAACCCUGGCUCACCUGGCCCCCCAGGCCUGAAAGGUCAGAAAGGUGAUCCUGGGUUGUCACCUGGAAAGGCUCGCAACGGACAGAAGGGAGAUGUGGGCUUACCUGGUUUGACUGGGUUCCCUGGACCACCUGGUAGAAAGGGAUAUAAAGGCUACCCUGGACCACCAGGUCACCCUGGAGACCAGGGCGAACGAGGACCAGAUGGAAGUCCAGGUGCCAAAGGUUAUCCUGGCAGGCAGGGUUUACCUGGCCCCAUAGGGGAAUCUGGUCCAAAAGGCAGUCGGGGGUAUAUUGGUCUCCCAGGCUUAUUUGGGCUACCAGGGGCUGAUGGAGAACGAGGGAUCCCUGGAGUUCCUGGGAAGAGGGGCAAGAUGGGUAGGCCGGUAAAGUUUUUCCUCGUCUAUUAUGCGACUUUGUUGAAUGAAACUGAAGCAAAACAUCUGGCUUUUGGCUGGCGCAUCAGCAGCGCAGGAGGCGAGCGCGUCUCUGACCGAUGGGCGCUGGCGAACUCGGUGAUCAGGGAGGAGCAGGUGUUCCAGGAGAUAUCGGCUUCCAAGGAGACAAGGGCAGCCAGGGUUUGCCCGGGGUCCCUGGGGCACGAGGGAAAGCAGGCCCCCUGGGAAAAGUCGGUGACAAAGGUCCAGUCGGGUUUCCAGGACCACCCGGCCCUGAGGGAAAGCCAGGAGCACGAGGUUUACCUGGGCCGAGAGGACUGCCUGGACAGGAGGGUCGAUCCGGCCGGAAGGGAUUUCCGGGAAGACCUGGUGCCGAUGGUCCAAAGGGUGAGCCAGGAAACCGUGGCCGACCAGGGAAAGUUGGGUGCCAGAGGGCCUGAUGGACCAGUAGGCGAGCCAGGGUCACGAGGUGUCAAGGGCCGACCAGGGGAGCCGGGCAAGCUGGGGCCAGAUGGGCUGCAGGGGAAGAUGGGGGAGACUGGGGAGAUAGGAGCGCGUGGCUUCCUGGGUCCACAAGGACCACAGGGGCCACCUGGGCCUUUGGGAGAAAUUGGGCAUAAGGGAGAAUCGGGGCUGGAAGGGGACAGCGGGCCACCCGGGCCAGACGGUGUCAAGGGAGACAAAGGAGAGCAAGGCCUGGAAGGAGAGAAAGGAGAAAAAGGCAACGAAGGGCUGAAGGGAAAAGAAGGGCCUCCUGGAUAUCCCGGCAUCACAGGUGUCCGAGGACCAGAAGGGAAACCAGGAAAACAGGGGGAAAAGGGCAAGCCUGGCCAGAAGGGCAGCAAGGGCUACCAGGGGCAGCUCGGCGAGACAGGAUCUCCAGGGAAGGAGGGGCCAAAGGGGAACCAAGGCCCUAAAGGAUCCCGAGGUACCCUGGGACCUAUGGGUGCUCCAGGAAGGAUGGGUGCUCAAGGGGAACCUGGCUUAAAAGGUUACCAGGGACAUGCAGGACCACCGGGGCCAAUUGGACCACCAGGGCCAAAGGGGGAAAAGGGAGAGCAGGGUGAUGAUGGGGAAGAAGGUGUGACAGGGAUGCCAGGCAAAAGAGGGAACCCUGGCAUUCCAGGACUCCCUGGGGCACAGGGACCACCAGGAUUCAAGGGAGACUUUGGCGAGGCAGGAUUUCCAGGGAUUGCGGGCAUGUUUGGGCCAAAGGGCCCCCCAGGAGACCUUGGUUUCAAAGGCAUCCAGGGACCACGUGGGCCGCCAGGUCUCAUGGGAAAAGAAGGAAUUAUUGGUCCGCUUGGCAUUCAGGGUCCCAUGGGAAGCCCGGGGCCCAAGGGAGACAAAGGCAGCCGCGGAGAAACGCGAGAGCCACGCUGGGCUCCGCUGCACCCGCGUGGGCUCUGGCUCAUCGUGGUGGCAUCAGGCUCCCACGAGGGCAAGACAUACACAUCUAUACACGUGCACACGCACGGUCUGCAAGGUCCAAGGCAACAAGAUGGCUUUGGGGCAGCUUUCCAGACGUUAAUCGACUCGAACACCGCACUCAAGACAGAGGGUUACCAACACCCAGACCUUCUCAUGCUGGACCAGGGAGGGGAGAUCUUUAAGACUCUACACUACCUCAGCAACCUCAUUCAGAGCAUCAAAAGACCCCUGGGAACCAAGGAAAACCCUGCACGCAUCUGUCGAGACCUCAUGAACUGUGAACAGAAGAUGAACGACGGUACCUACUGGAUUGACCCAAAUCUUGGCUGUUCCUCGGACACCAUACAGGUCAUCUGUAACUUCACCAACGGUGGGCAGACAUGUCUUAGCCCCAUCACCGUCUCCAAGCUGGAUUUUGACAUCGGGAGAGUCCAGAUGAACUUCCUCCGCCUCCUGAGCUCAGAGGUGGUGCAGCACAUCACCAUCCACUGCCUGAAUACCUCCGUCUGGCGGGAAGGCUCAUCCGAGAAACCUUCGGAAAAAGCCGUGCGCUUCAGGGCCUGGAACGGGCAGAUGUUUGAGGCGGACGGGCAGCUCAGGCCAGAAGUGGCAGCUGAUGAUUGCAAGAUCAAGGAUGGACGCUGGCAUCGGACUCUCUUUUCGUUUCGGACACAGGACCCUCAGCAGCUGCCAAUUGUCAACAUCUACAACCUUCCUCCAUCCGAGCCAGGAAAGCAAUAUCACCUCGAGGUCGGCCCCGUGUGCUUCCUUUGAACAAAGCCAUCGAAACCGGGCUCCAAGGCUUUGACCCCAUGUUUGGCCUAUGUCUUUACACAGGCUCUCCCACCUCUCUGCAGCAAGGAUAGCUGGGCUGUAUCUUUUGGGUCAACUCUUGCUCUAGCCUUUGGCUCAAGGUCUCCAAGAACCCGUGAUCUACUGAACUCAGCAGAUUGUUGAAAGGAGGAAUAACAAGGACGUAGGGGAAGCGGGUAUCAGUCGGGACGUGAACAGCGAAAAGGGAUCAGGGGACUAGAUGUUGCAAGCGGUUCCACACACAAAGCUUUUUCCAUGACCAAAGAAA